AGCUGGAGUCGGCUGGGCGGCUGGGAACGGUGGCUGCUACCGUGGGUGACUCAGGGAGGCGGGAGGCGGGGGAGGAGCCCUUCCUGCCGGCGUGGAAACCAUGGUGCUCACGCUCGGAGAAAGUUGGCCGGUAUUGGUGGGGAAGCGAUUCCUCAGUCUGUCCGCGGCCGACGGCAGCGACGGCGGCCACGACAGCUGGGACGUGGAGCGCGUCGCGGAAUGGCCCUGGUUGUCCGGGACCAUUCGGGCUGUUUCACACACCGACGUUACCAAGAAGGAUCUGAAGGUGUGUGUGGAGUUUGAUGGGGAAUCUUGGAGGAAGAGAAGAUGGAUAGAAGUCUAUAGCCAUUUAAGGAGAGCAUUUUUAGUAGAACAUAAUUUGGUCUUGGCUGAGCGAAAGUCGCCUGAAAUUUCUGAGCGAAUUACUCAGUGGCCUGCAAUAAUGUAUAAAUCUCUGUUGGACAAAGCUGGUUUGGGAUCCAUAACUUCUGUUCGAUUCCUAGGAGAUCAGCAAAGUGUAUUUCUUUCCAAAGACCUUUUAAAGCCCAUACAGGAUGUAAAUAGUCUUCGGCUUUCCCUUACUGAUAAUCAGAUCAUCAGUAAAGAAUUCCAGGCUUUGAUUGUAAAACAUUUAGAUGAAAGCCACCUUCUACAAGGUGAUAAGAACUUGGUUGGUUCAGAAGUAAAAAUCUAUAGCUUGGAUCCAUCUACUCAGUGGUUUUCAGCAACUGUUGUAAAUGGCAACCCAGCAUCUAAAACUCUUCAAGUCAACUGUGAGGAGAUUCCAGCACUGAAAAUUGUUGAUCCAGCACUGAUUCAUGUUGAAGUUGUUCAUGAUAACUUUGUGUCAUGUGGUAAUUCUACAAGAAUUGGAGGUGUCAAACGCAAGUCUUCGGAGAAUAAUGGAACCUUGGUUUCCAAACAAGUAAAGUCUUGCUCUGAGGCCUCUCCUAAUGUGUGUCCUGUACAGUCUGUGCCUACACCAGUGUUUAAGGAGAUCCUGCUUGGCUGCACUGCAGCAACUCCACCUAGUAAGGACCCAAGGCAGCACAGCACUCCCCAGGCUGCCAACUCACCUCCUAACCUAGGAGCAAAACUUCCUCAAGGAUGUCAUAAGCAGAGUUUACCAGGAGAACUUUCUUCGUGUCUCAAUACAAAGCCCGAGAUACUGAGAACGAAACCAGAUGUCAUCUGCAAAUCAGGAUUGCUCUCUUCAAAGUCUUCUCAGGUUGAAACUGCAGAGCCGAAAAUUCUGAGUGAGCCCAAAGGUAGCUUUAUUCAGCCUAAGACAAACUCUGAUUGGGAGAACAGAUUGGAAUCUCUUCCACGUCCAUUGACUGGCCUUCCUAAGGAAUGCUUACCUCCAAAGGCUUCUUCUAAAGCUGAAUUGGAAAUUGCCAGUACUCCCGAACUUCAGAAGCACCUACAACAUGCACCUUCCACAUCAGAUGGCCUUUCAAAUAAGCCAGAAUUGAAAGCAGGUGUUAAGAGUGAUGGCCCUAAUUGCUGUGCAGAAAAAAAGAUAGUACCUUCAACUUUAGGUUGCCGGUCACAAAACUUAAAGGAAACAUCAGUAAAAGUAGAUAAUGAAAGCUGUUGUACAAGAAGUAACAAUAAAUUUCAGAAUGCCCCAGCCAGGAAGUCAGUUUUGACAGACCCUGAUAAACUCAAGAAGCUGCAGCAGAGCGGGGAGGCCUUUGUUCAGGAUGACUCCUGCGUGAACAUUGUGGCCCAGCUGCCUAAGUGCCGGGAGUGUCGCUUGGACAGUCUGCGCAAGGAUAAGGAGCAGCAGAAGGACUCGCCUGUGUUCUGUCGCUUCUUUCAUUUCAGGAGAUUGCAAUUCAACAAACAUGGUGUGUUGCGGGUAGAAGGCUUCUUAACACCAAACAAAUAUGAUAGUGAAGCAAUUGGCUUGUGGCUGCCUUUGACCAAAAAUGUUGUGGGAACUGACUUGGACACAGCAAAGUAUAUCCUGGCCAACAUUGGAGACCACUUCUGUCAAAUGGUGAUUUCUGAAAAGGAAGCUAUGUCAACUAUUGAGCCACACAGACAGGUUGCCUGGAAGCGAGCUGUCAAAGGUGUUCGAGAAAUGUGUGAUGUCUGUGACACCACCAUCUUCAACCUGCAUUGGGUGUGUCCUCGGUGUGGAUUUGGGGUGUGUGUGGAUUGCUACCGGAUGAAAAGAAAGAAUUGCCAACAAGGUGCCACCUACAAGACUUUCUCUUGGCUAAGAUGUGUGAAGAGUCAGAUCCAUGAACCUGAGAAUCUGAUGCCCACACAGAUCAUUCCUGGCAAAGCCCUCUAUGAUGUUGGAGACAUUGUUCAUUCUAUCAGAGCAAAAUGGGGAAUAAAGGCAAACUGUCCCUGUUCAAACAGACAGUUCAAAUUCUUUUCAAAGCCAGUCUCAAAGGAAGACCUCAAACAGACGUCAUUAGCUGGGGAGAAACCUGCUCUUGGGACUGUGAUCCAGCAGAAUCCCUUGGUUUUGGAGCCAGCGACUGUGGGUGAAGAAGCAGCCUCCAAGCCGGCCACCAGCAUAAAACCCACCUGUCCUGCCAGCACCUCGCCUUUAAGCUGGCUUGCCGACCUGACCAGCGGCAAUGUCAACAAGGAAAACAAGGAAAAACAACCAACAAUGCCAAUUUUAAAGAAUGAAAUCAAAUGCCUUCCAUCCCUUCCGCCUCUGAAUAAAUCCAGCACUGUCCUACAUACCUUUAACAACACAAUUUUGACACCUGUUAGCAACAAUAAUUCUGGAUUCCUCCGCAAUCUCUUGAAUUCCUCUACAGGAAAGACAGAGAAUGGGCUCAAGAAUACACCAAAAAUCCUUGAUGACAUCUUUGCUUCUUUGGUGCAAAACAAGACUUCUUCAGAUUUACCUAAGAGGCCUCAAGGACUGACCAUCAAGCCUAGCAUUCUGGGCUUUGACACUCCUCACUACUGGCUGUGUGAUAAUCGCUUGCUGUGUUUACAAGAUCCCAAUAACAAGAGCAACUGGAAUGUAUUUAGAGAGUGCUGGAAACAAGGGCUUAGUGAAUCAUGUUUAGUGGACAUGAACAGGGGAAAUAGAAGUGUGACUAAGAGGCAGAGAGACAUUUUUGUUUUUGCAGGAUUAAUCACUCCAGAAGAUCGGAAAUAUGGAACAACCAAUCUUCACUUGGAUGUAUCUGAUGCAGCUAAUGUCAUGGUUUAUGUGGGAAUUCCCAAAGGACAGUGUGAGCAGGAAGAAGAAGUCCUUAGAACCAUCCAAGACGGAGAUUCUGAUGAACUUACAAUAAAACGAUUUAUAGAAGGAAAAGAGAAGCCAGGAGCCCUCUGGCACAUAUAUGCUGCUAAGGACACAGAGAAGAUAAGAGAAUUUCUUAAAAAGGUAUCAGAAGAACAAGGUCAAGAAAACCCAGCAGACCAUGAUCCUAUUCAUGAUCAGAGCUGGUAUUUAGACCGGUCGCUAAGAAAGCGUCUUCAUCAAGAAUAUGGCGUUCAGGGCUGGGCUAUUGUACAGUUUCUCGGGGAUGUGGUUUUUAUCCCAGCAGGAGCUCCACAUCAGGUUCAUAACUUAUAUAGCUGUAUCAAAGUGGCUGAAGACUUUGUGUCUCCAGAGCAUGUUAAACACUGCUUCUGGCUUACUCAGGAAUUCCGUUAUCUGUCACAGACUCACACCAACCAUGAAGACAAAUUGCAGGUGAAAAAUGUUAUCUACCAUGCAGUGAAAGAUGCAGUUGCUAUGCUGAAAGCCAGUGAAUCUGGUUUUAGCAAACCGUAACCCCUCCCUGCACAUUGGAAAUGAAUCACUGGCAGCUGUUCAAACUCUUCAGGCAGGAUUCCUGUGGACGUUGAGAUUUCAUGUUACCUCAUCUUCUUUUUUAAACUGUACCCGACUUGUGAGGGUCCUCUGUCUAAUGUAUAUUUCUAGUGUUUACAGACACUAAGUGUGUAUAUGUAGGAACUAUUUACAGACCAUGCAUCCUUAUACUGUGACUUCUCACCUAGUGCAGAUUUUACCACGUUGUAAAACAAAACCUCUUACCAGCUCUGAACAAAUACCUGCAGUUAUUCCCCAGCUGUUUGGACAGCUUAGUCAAAUGGGUUUCUAACUUAGGAAUUACUGCACAGUUAAUUUGAGUUUUACUUUAUUUCAUGUCUGUCUGAGCACCCUGCCCCACCUGUUAGGGUCCAGAACAGCCAAGGAGGAAGUGACAGCUAAUGAUGCAGUUCUUAUUGUAUUGCAUAGGACUGGCAUUAUACAGAAGUCAACUACUGUACGAUUCUUGGGGUUAACCAUCUUUAGUUAAAUGGAAUUUUAAUUUAAAUGGAGCUUUGCUAAUUUUAAGUGUUAAGCAUUUUGCAUUAAAAUAUUCAUAUAAUA